AUGCCUCCGCCUCAGAUCAAGCAAGAUCUUAACAGAUCCGGAUGGGAAACAACAGAUUUCCCUUCAGUCUGCGAAAACUGCCUUCCAGAAAAUCCAUAUGUCAAGAUGCUCAAGGAAGACUAUGGCGCCGAGUGUAAACUGUGUACACGUCCAUUUACCGUGUUUAGCUGGAGUGCCGACCGAGCGCAAGGCCGGAAACGAAGGUGUAAUGUCUGCCUAACCUGCGCUAGACUCAAAAACUGUUGCCAAUCUUGCAUGCUCGAUCUCUCGUUUGGUCUGCCUCUCGUGGUCCGCGAUGCCGCAUUAAAGAUGGUUGCGCCCGGCCCUACCUCCGAUGUCAACCGUGAAUAUUUUGCCCAGAACAAUGAGCGAGCUAUUGAGGAAGGUCGAGGAGGUGUUGAAGAGUAUGAAAAGACGGAUGAAAAGGCCAGAGAGUUGCUUCGCCGCUUGGCAACAAGCAAACCCUAUUUCAGGAAAGGCCCGACCGUUGACGACUCGGGUGCCAUCAUUUCUUCCACAGGCGCCGGUCGCGGCGGACCUGGUCCAAUCCGGACUCGCGACUCCCGAGCGGCCGCGGCCGCGGGCGGUGGACGUCAGAAUCGACCAAAACCAGCCGCGGGUGGCAUAGCACAUACACCAAUCGGCCCCAAGGAUUGGAUGCCACCAGAUGACAAGAAUAUCAUGUCCUUGUUCCUAACUGGGGUUGAGGACGACCUUCCUGAAUACAAGAUCCGAGACUUUUUCAAAGUCCAUGGCAAGAUAAAGAGCCUCAUAUGCUCUCAUAUGUCGCAUUGCGCUUUUAUCAACUUUGAGACUAGGGAGGCUGCGGAAAAGGCUGCUGCUGCCUGCCAGGGGCGUGCAGUCAUUGCGGGCUGUCCCCUCCGUGUACGCUGGAAAAUGCCAACGGCGGUUGGAACCAUGAAUCGAGAACAGAGGGCGCAGAUGUUGAUGGAUGCGCGGCGUACAAUCACUGGUGUGAGGGGCAAGGAUAACCGUCGAGGUCACCCCGGGAGUACGCCGUCGGCUUCUGAGGGUGAACAAUCCGCCGGCCCGGCCACCACCGCCGCGCCACCAGGAAGUGCUGCGAUUCCCAAAUAUGCAAGUCUCGAGGGGGCGUAA